AUGUGAGAAACCUAUUUCCACGGAUUUAGUGCGUGGUAUCGGAUCGGGUAUCGGUCAGUUUGAAAAUCAAUAAGAGAUUGAUAUGGAUUGACAUGAAUCGGCCUAUAUCGGACAGUUUUUCCCCGAUUAGUCCAUCUGGGUUUAUUCCCUUAGAAUCGACUGAUCUCAAUUAUAGAUGGAACCAUUCAACUCUAUUCCUUAAUCAUGAACCCAACACGCCCAAAGUAGAGGGCUUUUUCUUCCACUCAGUCCCUCACCAUUGAGUCCAUUUCUGUCUCUCUGUCUCUGUCGGCUGCUCCGUCCAUUUAGCUAAGCUUCUCAUCUUCAUCUCUUCCUCAAUUCAAUCAACAAGUCUUCUAACACUGUAGUUCAAAUAUCAUGCCCAGAAAACCAUGAAUGAAGAUUGAUGGUAAAGAAGCUGAACAAAGAAUAUUAAAAGCAAAAACAGAGGAAGUGAAGAAAUAUUAGGGGAGGUAUGCUGCAUUCAAAUUUCAUUAGAGAAACCCAGGAAGCUUGCUUCCAUGGCUGCUUCCCAGCCCCUCUACUUGGCUCCCUAGAAGCCCCCAAGCCCACCUUUAAACCAAUCAACACAGUUGCUACUUCUCGUUCUGAUUUUGCUGCUGCUACAGCAGCUUCUCUCUGCCCAAACACCCAAUUCACCAACCAUGAGUCCCUCCCUUCAUUGCCUGAGGCUCUCUCUUGCUUCACCACAGCUUAUCCACUCUACUCCCAAACCCAGGAAGCCGACCAAAUCCGAGCUCAACACUACUUCCAUCUCUCCCUCCACAACCAUGUCUGCUUCGACUACAGUGGUCUUGGCCUCUUCUCCUAUUCCCAGCAACAAAUUUCCAACUCAACACCUUCUUCUUCUUCUUCUCCUCCUGUGUCACCCAGCAGGCUCCAAUUCCCAUUCUUUGACAUCAUCUACAAGCCCACAACUCUGCAUUCUCAGAUACUAAACAGGAGCAAAGACUUGGAAUUAGAAUCCAGGAUGAGGAAGAGAAUCAUGGAUUUUCUCAGUAUCUCUGAAACUGAUUAUCACAUGGUUUUCACUGCCAGUGGGGAAUCAGCUUUUAAGCUACUGGCAGAAUCUUAUCCUUUCCAAUCCAAUAAGAGUCUCCUUACAGUCUAUGACCACAACAACGAAGCCGUUCAGGACAUGAUUGAUAGCUCUCAGAAGCGAGGAGCUCAAGUCAUGUCCGCCAAGUUUUCAUGGCCGAGCCUGCACAUUCACACUGAUAAUUUGACAAAAUUGGUAGUCAGUAAGAAGAAGAAGAAGAAAAGGGGACUGUUCGUGUUCCCGCUCCAAUCGAUGAUGACCGGCAGGCGAUACUCGUAUCUCUGGAUGAGCUUGGCACAGGAGAAUGGGUGGCACGUCUUGCUUGAUGCUUGCGCAGUAGGACCGAAGGAUAUGGACUCAUUUGGCCUCUCUCUGUUCAGGCCAGACUUCCUUAUCUGCUCCUUCUUCAAAGUUUUUGGGGAGAACCCAUCGGGAUUUGGUUGUCUAUUUGUCAAGCGAUCAAGUGCUCCAGUCUUGCAGGCAUCGACCACGGCUAGAAGCAGCUUAGGAAUCGUCACUCUUGUCCCAGCAGAAAACCUGUCUCAAUUACCCGGUGAUGAUUCUGAUGAUCACUCAAAAACCCAAGAAAAGUCUAAGCUUGAAUCUGAGGAAGAUGAUUUAGCAACCGUAAGGUCAUUCUCUAGUCCCAUAAAUGCUCAAUCUCAGAUGCAUAAUGGGUUGGAGCAGAGAUCUUCAAACUCAAACCGGAGAAAGCAGUUGGAAAUAGUAGAACAUGGUGAAGCCUCUGAACCACACAAGGAACCCUUCUCAUCUGAAAUUGAAGAAUUAGAUAAGCCCAUUGAUUUGUUGAAACCAGUGAAUACAGAGAUCAAUGCCUCUGGUACAGGCAAGAAGAUGAGCUCUGAAAUGAAAUGUAAGUGUUUGGAUCAUGCGGAUUGUUUGGGGCACAGAAUCAUCAGUAGUAGAGCAAGACACUUGACCAAUUGGUUGAUAAACGCAUUGCUGAAGCUCCGGCAUCCGCAUCCAGAGCAGGGACUUCCACUCGUCAAAAUCUACGGGCCAAAGAUAAAAUUCAACAGGGGACCUGCCCUGGCAUUCAAUGUGUUUGAUUGGAAAGGGAAGAAGGUUGAACCAGUGCUUGUACAGAAGCUUGGAGACCGAAGCAAUAUUUCUAUCAGCUGUGGAUUCCUCCACAACAUAUGGUUCUCAGACAAGUACGAGGAAGAGAAGAAGAGUGUCAUGGAAACAAGAAACCUUGAAGCAACAGGGGAGGAAGGCAAAAGGAGGAAAGAGAGAGUCGAUUUGGGAAUAACUGUGGUCACAGCUACAGUGAAUUUCCUGGUUAAUUUCGAGGAUACCUACAGGCUUUGGGCUUUUAUAGCUCAAUUCCUUGAUGCAGAUUUUGUGGAGAAGGAGAGGUGGAGAUACACAGCUCUUAAUCAGAAGACUAUUGAAGUUUAAAGCAAGCAAAACUGAUUCUUUAUUCUUUCAAAUCUUAUCAAUGAUAAUUAGUCCCUAAAUUGAACAACAAAUGAAAACAAAACUCCAGAGCUCCUUUUUAAAAUGUAGUGAUUCUCAGUUCUGUACUACAAUUAGCUGGUGAUGCUUCUAUCUUUCCAUUCAACAAUUACUGGGUUGUUAUGUAAGAAGUGCUCUGAACUUUCUCUACAAGACCACGAAACCAAGCUUCUUAUUUACUUCUGUUCAAAUUCAUGCUAGCUCCAUCCUCUCACCAAUUGUACUAUUUAUUACAGGGUAAAUAUGUCCAUAAUGGAAUUCAUUUCAACUUUGUAA